UGGGAUUCUUCUUCUUAUUAUUUUUUUUUUUAAGUGUCUAUAAACACUGUGAGUUGAUAUGUUAGUAUAAACUAUGUUGUCAGUGAUAAUUCGAGUGUUUCUAUCGAACUUAUUCGUUAAACGAACACCAUAACACGUGCGUGUUGGUCAACUGGUGCACGGAGUUGCUGAGCCGGCACAUCGAGGAAGUCUGAGCCGCGAGGUCCGCCGUGAUUGCCGCGGUUGCACGGUGAGAUGUGUUGAAGGAGGCUUUUCUCCGCCAGUCCUUCGCGUGUUCGUUGAAUUUCGGGUGGUGAGAAUGUUGGUCAGAAUCAGAGACUGGAAAUGAACUUCUUUUCAGAUCUUUUAUUGCAGAAUAUUCUGGGCACAAAUGUUCUCCAGGCAAAAGCUGCAGCUGCCCAAAUGAGCUCAAAUGUGCGCUUUUUCAGCGUUCAGUGCGAGAUUAUAUGCAGUGUUCAGGGCGGUGUUUAAAGCUUGAGCAGGGCGGAUCCAAGGUCGCAGCAAUAUCUCUUCUUGGCACAAAACAUCCUGUUCUGCGGCUGACAUGUAGUUUCACAGUUACACAAUUAUCAGAACAUUUUGCUACUGAGGUUAGGUUGCACAACAUAACAGUGCACAAAUAAGUCUAUGUAUGAAUGAUCAUGGCAUCAGUAUAUCGCGUGCGAAGGCCUUCAGAUGCUUGCCGGGACGUUGGCUCCAGCUGAGGACACAAUGCAGGCCUCAGCAGACAGAAUGUGGAACUAUUCCGGCGCACAGAACGUGUGCCCUUACCAGACAUGUGGUGGUGACAAUUGGCCAACCACAUUUCCUGGUCAGGACGGCAGAGGCUACCAGAAUGUGUCGCAUGUCUCUCAGACCAACUUCUCCACUGGUCCACAAGGUGCAAACAAUGGACACCACUUUGUCUCCUCUAGAGUUUGUCAUUACAACAUGGGGCAGGAGUCGUCGACGUGGAGCACAGAACCCACUUCCUGCGCCCAGAGAGACAUGCCGGCCUACCAGAACCUGCUCCCUACCUCGUGGGGCCCAUCAGGAGUGGGCCACGGCCACGGUGUUGUACCUGAACACCACAUGCACAGUAGUGGAGUCUACCAGAAACUGCCACCGCCAUAUCCACACAACAGCGUCCCAACACGUGGGCAGUUUUUUUCCGGCGCCACCACCAAUCGGACACCUCGGCAACAGCCGGACACGAGGGUCACAUUAUUAAACGCGUUGGAGUUGCGCGCCAGCAAGAUUGUCCAAAAAGUUCCAGAAAUGAAAUGGCAGAUUAUACGCCAUCGCACUCAAAAAAGUAUAGCGAUGAAAGCAAGGGCACAAGCAAGGAUGCCAGAGAGGAUACCAGAAAGUCUGCCGGUGAGGACACCGGUGAGGAUGCCAACGAGGGUGCACGUCAGACAAUACUGUCAGUCUUCAUCACUUCAUGCAGUGCGGGCACCAAAGCCACCAGAGCCGGAAGCAGUGCGUGUUCCCGGAGAGUUGUCACAGCUAAGCAAACCAGACAGCAGAAGCCGCUGCCAGAACCAGACGCCAAUGGUUGAUGUUGCACAGAUGCAAAACCCUGAAGCACUUGAACUCCCCACCACCAACCCCUCGUCACCCAGUUGCUCAGCUCUGCGAACAGUUGCCGUCAUGCAGCCUGUUUCAGGGGAAUGUCUGGAGCUCGCUGGCCUGCUUUCAGCAAGUGCACGUGGUGCUUCUGGCCAGAAGGACCCGUUAGCAGGUGAUACAGGGGGUCAGGGGAAACGGCAGGACCACAAUGCUCCACCACCUCUUCAGCCAGAAGAGCAUAAGAUUCAAAGUCAGAGACCAGCCAGUGUUAGACUCCAGUCUCUUUUGACACGGAUGUGGACUCAAGCAGAUUUAGCGGUACUCCUCAGAGACUACCAUCAAGCCCAGAUUAACUCUCCUGAGUCUUCUGUCCUAUUUAAUUCUGAAUAUAUAAUCAACAUGUUCUGGAAAGAUCCCCAAAUAUUGCUGAAUAAACUCUGCACAGGCUGGUACGAGGACGUCAUGAACGAAGCUUAUAUGUUUUGUGAUGAGCACUUGGCACCAGACACUCUAGUGCUGACAGAAGCCAAGUGUGACUUGAACAUUUGUAGCCUUCAGGUGCUGCAAGACGGUGAGGUCUACUCCGAAAUGCCAUACUCAUCAUUCUGGCGGAACAUCAACCAACAGCUCGAUGACAUCGAUAAGGAGUUCGGCUUUGAGAGGAACUUCCUGCAUCCUGCACGACUACCAGAAGCGCUUACGCCAUCGGGACCUGCGGGAGCUGAGGCUCCUUUGCCAGAGGCCAUAUCCACCUCCUUGGAAGACAAACAACAAGAAAAGAAACAAGGAGUACAAGAAUUGGAACAGGCACAUGAUGAGCCGGAGAUAGACUCUGCUACGUCUGUAUCUCCCGGUGAUGACCCAGAUGACGUGUACUCAUUUGUCAUCCAAGUUUUGCCCCAAGAGGAGGCCAAAGCCAUCUAUGAGAGCAUACAUCACGCAGAAGAAGCUCCUGUCAAGGGGGACCUGAAAGGCUCCGUGGAGCCUGAAAUGAGCGUCGACAAAGGGGACUCCGAACGAGGGGAGGAGGAUCAGGUUGAAGCAGAGUUGGAGUCUCUCUUUGAACACUGGGAUGAAAUCCUUUUUGCAAAAAAACGAGAGGCGCUGCAGAACGAUCUUGAAGACGUGGCGGCAGAAAUAAGGUGUGGGGAUCGUGAUGUCUCACUCAGUAGGCAUGCAGGCAACCAAUCGAUGGAUUCCAAUCAAUCCCAGGACGCAUCGCCAUUGAUGGAACAAAAGGAAGAUGACGAGAGAGAGAUUUUUGCCCAACAGAAGCAAGAACAAGUAGUUGACCAAGAGUCGGGAAAGGUUACCCAACAAGUUGACGACCACGCAAUGGCAAAUAUCUCCCAACUAGAUGACCAAGAGACAAGAAAGGUUGCCCAGAAUAAAGACCAAGAGAUGGCAUAUGUCUGCCAACAAGAAGAUAACGGAGAGUUAGCAAAUGUGUCCCAACAAGAUGAUGACCAAGAGAUGGGAAGGUUUACCCAAAAAGAUGCCCAAGACAUGGCAAAGGUCUCCCAACAAGAUGAUGACCAAGAAAUGGAAAAUGUCUCCCAGCCAGUCUUAGUUUUACCAUCCCAAGUUUCUUGUCCGACUGAAAUGUGGACAUUCGGGACUCGUCACCGUGUGGAAGUGAUCGCAACCAAACCAUUCCCAGGCGAGAGGCCGCUCUGCCUUGCUGCCAAACGUUUAGCGGCCGCGAAGAAAAAACGAAAGAGAGUCAAGCAUUCUGGUAUCAGCAUUCCGUGCCUAAAGAAGCUGAAAACCAAACCUCUUCGCAAGAAUGUAAGCAAACGUAACAAAGAAGCGUCGCCGGCAAAGCGCAAGCUGCCUGUGGAGCUGGUGCUCUUUGGCUCGGCCGGACGCAAACGUCACCACACUCUGGCCCAUCGCGCGCCAGACAUUCUGACCGUGAGUUCCAAAUGCAGGAGUCCGAUCAAACAGAAGAUCUACGAGCAGUGGCGUCUACCUCCGACCAGGAUUGACGGCAAAACCAAACUCCAAUUCCCGAGGCACUCCGUGGACGAGCCCGGGCAAGAGUCGCCUUUGCCCACUAUAACAUUCAGGAACAACAAAGGCAAAAUCUCACUGAGCCUGAACAAAAGGUCCAUCCUGGAUGGACCCGAUAGGGACGCCAGUUCCCUCGACCCAGCUGCUGACAGAAUGCUGACCACCACCGGCUAUCAUCGCGACAAAUUAAAGCAGGCAACUGAAAGACUACCCUGGGACCACCACCUUCGCCAUGGUUACCAUGGGAACCUUUGGUGGAACAACAGCGGCCGCCAUGGCACAGGGAUCAAGUUGACGUGAUCCAGGGAGCCGUCGGGAAAGUUUUUAGUUUUUCCUCUGAAGACGACAAAAUCAGACGAGCGCUGAUCUUCCUCCUCUUGACGUUUACUAUGACACAACCACACUAAAGAGAAUAUUCUGGAAUGUUUUUUUGGUGACCUCGUGAUGACAUCAUAUUUGUACCUACAAAGUUUAUUUUUUUUUUAGCUUUGAAUUAAAGUCCAUUUUCCAUGAA